AUGGCAUCGCUGCGCCUUCAAUUCGGAGGAAGUCGAUGCUUCGAUAUUUGCCAAGACAAUCUCUGCAGUCCCUCGUCCAAUCAAAGGCCGUGUGGUGCGAUGAUCCGCAGCCGUGCCGGAUCAAGGGGUGCGAGAGUGAAUUCAUUGGCGGUGGCGCGGGCGAGUUUGGAAGCGGUGCCCCGACAACGGCGUCGCGGCGGUGGACAAGGAAAUAGUGCCGAGACGGCGGCGGCGGCGUAUGAGAAGUUGGACGCGUGGAUGAGAGAUUCGGUGGUGGAGAUCGUCAAGAAUCUUAGAGAAGCGCCGCUGUUGGUCAAUGUGUACGGGAAGGGCAGUACGGACGAGAAGCCGUGGAUUGAAACGGAGAAGGGGGUGGAGGAAGAGAAUUGGGAGGUGCUCAGGCGAAAAUGGGAGGGUGGGGUGGCGCCGUUUCCUGACGGCGUUAUCUUCGUUGAAGAACUCAUGGAUGAUGAUGAAGGUGAAGGUGAAGGUGAGCGUAACGGGGACGGAGAGGGGAUCACGCGGGCAUGGGGGCUAGUGGUGCAGGGGAAAGGGGCGGAGUGUGGGCCAGCUUGUUACUUGUUGAAGACGAGUAAAGUAAAGGCCGGGUCGGGUUGUGGGCUGGGGAUGGGGUUGGGCUGCACUCAUUUCUGCUUGGUUCGGGUCAAUAGUUUCAGGGAGACGGCCCAAUCUCAGCUGAAGAAUUGCUGGCUAUUGCAGGCCCAGGCCCAAUGA